AUGGAGCAGUUGGCUCAACAAAUCGCCGCGCUCCAGCAGCAGCAGGCGCAGACGGCGGCAACGCACCGGCAGGAGAUGCAGCAGCUCGCGACGCAGCUCGCCGACGCCCGCCGCGAGACGCAGGCCGCGGUCCUCCAGAUCACGGAGGCGAGGCGCCAGGAGGAGCAGGCCAACAACGACAGGAGGGCGACCCUGGAGUUGGCCCUCCGCGUCGCGAGCCGCGGCGGGAACGAGAUCAUCGACGCGAAGGGAGUAGGACAGCCAGGAAAGUUUUCCGGGAAGGAGGAGAGCGAGUUCCAGGAGUGGGCGCACAAGGUCGUGUGCUUCAUGUCGGCGAAGUUCGGCCCGGACUUCACUGCUGCCCUGAAGUGGGCGUCGUCCCAGCGGAAGAAGAUCACGAACGACGGGGACGGGGACAGCGUGAACUUCAUGGACGCCUUCGGCGAGGACAUCGUGGACUUGGAGGCGAAGGCGGCCAACCUGUACACGUACCUCGUGUCGCUCACGACGCACAGCGCCAACAAGGUCGUCAGGAACGCCGGGCAGCACCAAGGGCUAGAAGCCUGGCGCCGUCUCCACGCCGAGUACGACCCCACGUCGGCGAUGCGCCGGGUCGUGAUUCUCGGCAAGGUGCAGAACCCAGACAAAGUGGAGAGCAUCGACAAGCUUGGGCAGGUCAGCGAGGACUCCCUGAUUGCCGCCAUGUACAGGUUGGCGCCGGCGGACCUGGAGACGCAGUUGAUGUUCAACGCGGCGGAGGACGAGACCUUCGCGGACAUCUUCAACAGGCUGAGCAGCUACGCCUCGACCAAGCACUCCCUGAAGUUGGACGCCAAGCAGAAGAACACGAGGCGAGGCCCGGACGACAUGGACGUCGGCGCGCUGACCCCGCAGCAUCGGCCGGGCGUCCAGUGCUGGAAGUGCAGCAAAAUGGGUCAUUACGGCAAGGAUUGCAGGAGCGGCGGCAAGAGCCUCGGCAAAAAGGGAAGCAAAGGAUGCUGGACGUGCGGCGGCAACCACAAGCAGGUGGACUGCAGGGGCGGCAAGACCAUGAGCUCGCUCGACGACUGGCCGGCUGACGUCCCGAUGCCCUGGUGGAACCAGUCCUCCGCCACCGAGCCGGAGGCGGAGCAGAACGGCCUCGACAUCAGCGGGAUCGACGAUAAGAAGAGAUCAAUGUCAUCAUUGUCACCUUCCCCCUCCAGACCUCCAUAUCGGAUCCGGACUGGGAGCGACGAGUGGCUGCGCAUCAACUACGAUACGGGCGCGGCCACUACUGCGUUUCCCUUGGAGUUCGGCGACGGGCUGAACUUGCAGAAGAAGGGCGAGUUCCGGGUGGCUUCCGGCGACGUGAUUCCGGACUUCGGCCGCGUCCGAGUGCCAGGCAUUGACGAGCAUGGCAACCAGAGGGGCAUCUCGGGUGCCGUCACUGCGGUGCACAAGCCGCUCGGGUCGGCCGCGGAGGUGUCCAAGGGCCACGACUCCUUCAUCUGGCACAACGGCGGCGCGCUGGUGCCUAAGCACCACCCGGUGGCAGUGGGCAUGCGGCGUGCCUUCAACGAGCUGACCCAGCAUUACGGCAGGGAGGAGAUCUUGCCGCUGUACCGUGAGGGCCAGCUCUGCAACUUCUACAUCAAGCAGAACGGGAAGCCGGUCAAACACGACGGCAUCAUCUUGGCGCCGCUCGAGAACCCGAUCGCGGGCACCACCUACGAGGACGACUGGAAGCAGGACGGCAUCAUGAAGGAGACCACCCGGUUGUACGACGGCCGAGUGGAGUUCGAGAGGACCGACGGCGAGUGGAGGUCCUUCGAGGUGAAGCGGGGCGGCUACACGCAGAGCCCGCUGGGCAUGGACCCGGACCCCAAUCGGUGGACGGGUCGGCGCAAGACUGUGGUCACGGCGGUCUGGGAGAGAUCCGCUGGCCCACAGAUGUCCGCGACUGCAGCGCAGCAGCUGGCAGACGACUGGCAGGCGGCUCAGGAUCCGAACAUCGUCGAGGAAUCGGAGGAGUUCAAGAGAGUGCGGGCCGCGCGAGGCCCGACCCGGGCUCAAAAGGAGGAGCACGAGGAGCAGAAUCAUGCGGUGUACCGGUCGUGGUGCCCCGUCUGCCGGGCUGCCAGGGCGACCGGCACGCAGCGCCGCGUUGAGGUAGAGAGGAGCGCGGACGAGGAGAAGGAAGGCCCACGCAUUUACAGCGACUACUUCUUCAUGAGCACGGACGAGACCUCGGCCCCGCACCUGAUCAUCAAGAGUUCGAGGUCAGGGCGACUUUAUGCUACUUCGAUUCUGGCGAAAGGCGUGGCUGAGUGCAGCGUGAGGUUCUUCGGCAACACGGUGCACGGGACCGGCCUCAAGAAGUGCAUCAACCACAGCGACAACGAGCCGGCGCUGGUUGCGCUCAAGGAGGCGGCAGCGAAAUCUUGCCCAUCAGCGGAGGCCAUUCCGAGGUCGGCGCCUGUGGGAGACCACCAGGCCAACGGCAGCAUCGAGGUGGGCGUGCGCGAGGUCAAGCGCCAAAUGCGUGCAACACGCCUAGCGUUGGAGCAGAAGCUGGGGCACAAGCUGAACGAGAGCGACCCUAUGCUGAGCUGGGUCGCGGGCUUCGCGGCCGACACCAUCGCGAAGUACCGCAGGGGCAGCGACGGCAAGACCCCGUAUGAGCGGGAGACGGGGCGGAAGUGGAAGAAGCCGAGCAUCCUGUUCGGCGAGAAGAUUGCCCUUAAGGUGGCACGAGAACGAGUUGGACGACCUAAACGUGAUUGGGAGCCGGUGACGGUGGGCGCGCGCUACAUCGGCCACCAUGCGCGGACUGGAGCAGUAUUGGGUCUCAGCUCUGACGGCGUGGUGCAGGGCAUGGCAUUUACACGCCUGCCGGCUGCUGAGAGGUGGAGCUACGCUGGCUGGGGUCAACUGCGAGGAGUACCAUGGGAUGUACAGGCGCCACGGGACGCAGCACCCGAAGGCGGCGCGGAGCCAGCAGCGGCCGUGCCGGUACCGGUCGCUCCGCCGGCGGUGCCCGAUGUGGUGGCACCGAGAGCGUUCUACGUACGCAAGAAGGACGUGGUUAAGUAUGGGCCCACGGCGGGAUGCCCAGGGUGCCAGGCAGUGGCACGAGGCGCUGGCGCGCAGACGCACGACGCGGCGUGCCGGAAGCGCAUCAUGGAGCAGGUGGAGAAGGACGACGAGAGGAGGAUCUCGGCGUUCCGAGAACGCGUGGGAGCUCAGCGACAGGAGGCUGGAGCUCAAGCGGGCCCUGGACUAGGACAGGCACAGGCCGAUCCAGGCCAAAAUCUCCAGAGGCCUCCGGGGGCUGCGGGUAGCUCCGCGCCUCCGGCGGCACAGGCCGAUCCAGGCCAAAAUCUCCGGGGGCCUCCGGCUGCGGGUAGCGCCGCGCCUCUGGCGGCCCAGCGCGGUGCUUCGGACUCGCCGAGGGUCAAGAGGAGUGGAAGCGAUGCCGGAUCGCCACCGAAGGUGGCGAAGUGGACGGACACGGGAGGCGGCCGAUAUAAGCGGAAGGCCGACGACCCAGGCGACGAGGAGCGCUUGGAGGAGAGGCCAGGGACGGGCGGUUCGCCGGGGAGCGGAGGCCCCGGCCAGGAUGCUCCGGCUAGCGAGCUUAUCGUGCUCCCUCCGGAGGUGAGCCCGUCAGGUAUGACCGACGUGGAGCAGGCGGUCCAGUCCACGGCGCAGGACGUGGAGGUAGACUCGCUGGACGUCGCGGUGGACGACGUCAAGAUGAGCGAUGAGAAGAUCGGCCUGGCCGAGGAGAUGGCAGUUGGGUUGGAGACCUGGCUGCGAGACGCUGGCGAGGAGUACCGGACCAGCGAUGUGAGAGACUUCUGCAGGGUAGCUGUGGAGCUGGGCGCAGUGGACAUGAUCGAGACCUACGCCCCUGUGCGCUUCGCAGCAAUGGCGCAGAAGUAUGGGCUCCGUCCAGGUUUCGCCAUGGGCCUGAGCGAGAACAAGCCAGGGUCGCACGAUUGUUGGGACUUGGAGAAGGAUGAGGACGUGAAGGAGCUGGAGGACCGAGUGGACCAGGAGGAGCCGUAA